GCCGGACCAAUUUGCCAUGGCACAACCUCCAGUCGUCGAGACACCAAAGUCUCCGCAAACAUCCACAUCCGAGCUCGAGCAGCGCCCUCCUGCUCGGAAAAGGUACGUGCCACGGUAAUGCAGAUAUCUUCCGAGCCCACACACUUACGUGCAGCAUCGACUCGACUCGAAAGGCUAAAGGCACCCUUUGCGGAGCGGAACAAGGAAGGUCUCGGUCGCUACAAGGUUCUAGAAGACCCAUUAGCUGUGCCGGGGCUGUGGCCUUGCUAUGUGUACGCUCCCACCUUUGACGAAGUCGAUGGCGCUGUAGGAGGGGUCGUCACCAUCCUUUCCAAAGCUCGCAAAGCAUUGGAGCACCAAUUCGGCAGUCCCAAAGAAGCACAGCAGCAAAGCUCGUCCGUGAUGUCGAACGCAUUCGGAAUGGAAGGCGGAUCGAACCUCCGCUUGAUAGAAGCGCCGCAUGUGUCCCUCUGCCGUGCCACGCCCGUCGAGAAGCGUGAGCGAUCUGCCUUUGCCGAGGCAGCUCGGACUGUCGCGCAACGAACAGCACCCUUCAAAGUCUCUUUUGCGCGCUUCUGCGCUCUAGUCAACGAUCACGAGUCUCGCAUCUUUUUCGCCAUAGAGGUUGGUCAGGGGCACGAGACCCUCCGCAUGCUAGCGAGCCAACUUCACGUCGCAUUGAGACCUUUCGGUGCACAAUCUUACUACGACACGGGUGCGAGUCGAAGCACCUCGCGGUACUUUGCAUCUGCUCAUCUCGAGCAAGGCCCAAGGACACCUCGUUUUCAUGCCUCUUUCGGUAGCAUUGCUCUGCCUCUUGGAGGCGAUGCGAGACAGAGGCAGAAACGCGGACUGGACGCCUCGCAAAUUCAACCUCGUCGCUCAAGCGAAGAGGUGCAGAAGAUAGCUCAUGAGGUCUGCCACAAGCUAGACCAGUCCCUGGGCAAAGAUCUGCGAGACUCGUCAUUGAGCGUUACGCGCAUCGUCGUCGGCCUGGGCGACACGGCACGCUUCCUAGAGUUGAAGGACCAGAACGGCUAGCCCGGAGCUUCACGCUCCCUCGCUCCAGGAGAAGUGCACCUGCGCUCUGUGCUUCGACGUGCGCCUUCAGGGUGCAUGGAACGGGCCCGUGGGAAUUUAUAGCCAUCACCCAGCGCGUUCUCUAAUGUGAGGCCACGUAGAAUAGUUUGCAUUCAAAAAUGGUGACAAAAUGCAAGCAUACAAGCGCCCAAGAAGAAUCUUCAAUCCGAGCAAGUGGUGUUGUUCAAGCGAG